AUGAGCCAGCGAUGCUUAUUCUGUUGCACCCUAGACGAACUAUGGGCGCAUGCUCGCCCCAGGUUACACCCAUGGGCCCUGUCUAAACGGUGGUUGACAACUCGUCCUGCAUCCUUUCGCCGAUUCUCCUCCGCUCCGGCCACGCAGAAAAACAUCGCGGUGAUCGGUGCUGGUGUAACGGGUCUGUCAACUGCAUAUCGUCUUUCCCAAGACAAAGAUGCACGGGUUACCGUCUACGAAAAGUCACACAGACUCGGGGGUUGGUUGCAAUCAGAAAUAAUCGAUGUUGAUGGCAGGGAUGUCCUGUUCGAAUAUGGACCCCGAACUCUCCGUGCGGGAUCUCGGGGAAGCUUGUCAACUUUGGAGUUGUUAUUCGACCUGGGUCUCAAAAAUGAUAUUUUAGCUACGAAGAACGAUUCCCCCGCUGCCUGCAAUCGAUACAUUUACUAUCCAGACCACCUAGUACGCCUUCCGGGGCCAUAUCCUGGUUAUGGCUCUCUAGCGAACAUCUUGAUGAAUGUGAUACAAUUAUGUACAGAGCCAGUGCUCUGGAAACUUGCGGUAGAAGUGAUCCGCGACCCAAGGAGACAGGAACGUGACCGUUUUAUAACGGACGAAUCCAUCGGAGAUUUCAUGAAGCGCUGUUUUGGCCCCAAUGUGGCAGACAUUGUUGGCUCCGCUUUUUUUCACGGUAUCUAUGCUGGCGAUCUGUACAGGCUAAGCGCGCGGACGAUUUUACGCAUUGCCUGGGACGAAUUUCAGCUAUCUAAACGGGGAUUUGCAACAGAGCUUAUGGAAUAUCUCAAUAAAAAACGGUUUACCAUGCCUUACGAUAUUUUCAAGGCGCGCCAGCUUGUUUCUAAGGAGAAAAUAACAGAAAUCUGUAAUUUUGCCGCGGGUAAUAACGUUUUUACCCUCCGUAGAGGGUUGGGGCAGCUUGCAACUACACUAGAAUCGUCAUUAAGGAGAGCACCAAAUGUGGAGAUCCAGACUGGAUUCCAGAUUAAAUAUAUCUCUAAGGGAAUAGACCCAUCACCCAUGACGCUCGGCCUAGCAGACGGCACCUCCUCCAACUUCGACUACAUAAUCUCCACCACCCCAUCCACAGAACUCUCCAACCAACUCCUCAACUCCCCAACUCACCCCCCGCCAACUGCCGUAACAAACCUCCUCAACCAAAACGACUACGCCGUAACCGUCAUGGUCGUUAACCUCUACUACAAAAACCCCAACCUAAUCCCCCACCGCGGCUUCGGCUACUUAAUCCCCCGCUCCAUCCCUUUCGACCUAAACCCCGAACGCGCCCUGGGCGUCAUCUUCGCCUCAGACAGCAGCGCAGGCCAGGAUACGGCACCAGGCACCAAGCUCACCGUCAUGCUCGGCGGGCACUGGUGGGAUGACUGGCUCCCCUGUGACUUGCCCGAUGAAGAGAGCGCCAUAGCCAUGGCCAAGUCAGUGCUGGCGCGCCAUUUGCGCAUCGCCGAAGAACCAACUGUUGCCAAGGCGCGCUUGCAGCAGGAUGCGAUUCCGCAGCCUACGGUUGGGUAUGUGUUGAGGAUGGAGAGGUUGCAUGAGGCUAUGGAGGGCCAUUUUGGGUCGCGGUUGAAGGUUGCUGGGGCGUGGUAUACGGGCGUUGGUGUUAAUGAUUCGAUAUGUGCUGGGAGGAUUGUGGCGGGGGCGACGCUUGCGGGGCAAGAAGGGGUUACCGGGUUGGAGCGAUAUGUGCCGCAGAAUUUUAAAGGGAGGUUUGUGGAAGAGGGUUAG